CUACACGCGUUCGUUAAAAUGAUUGAAGUGUCGGUCAUAAUUUUUAUGGUCAUUCUUCGAAAGCGAAUUUAGUUAUCAAUUUUUUUUCAUGAUUUCUGAGCCAUAUUGAUAACGACUGAGUUGUUUCUAAAAAUGAAACAAAUCAUAAAAAAAUAACAACAAACUCACUAAGUAAUUUUUGUGCGAUGCUUCAGUUACACUCAUAAUUUAUCAUAAUUUGAAUAUUUCUUAGAAUAUGUAAAAAACAUUUUUUUUGAGACUUAUUAAGGGCACCCAUAAUCGGUAAAAUUUUCAAAUUUAAUUCGUAUUAGUAAUCAAAGUCGUUAACUGUCAGUAAAUUGAUAUUGUUAGAUUAUUAAAUUUUACGACGCAAUAAAAAAAACAUUUACUUAGACCAUGGAUCUAUUUAUAACGAUAAUUAUCAUUUUUGACGUCAAUCAAAAAUUACGCCCCGGAGGUUUUAAUUUUGUUUGUCUCAAUAACUAAAAUCUUUAGCUGUAAUGAAACUGUAUUAGUUUAUUUUUUUAUUUUUCCAUGACGAUACUUUUAGAUUUGACGUCAAUCACAAUUUAUAUACAUAUACAUACUCAAACCUAGAUAUCAUAUCAUAUAUAAAAGACAAAUUUUCAAGCCGUAUAAGACCAUUCCUCAAUUUCGUUACAAGCUUGUUUACAUCUACUUCACUUUAUUCCUUUAAUUCUUCUGCCAUUCUACGAUAAUUUUUUUAAAAAUAAUUUUAUUCCGUUAUUAAGAAAAUAAUAAUGGACUUUUUUAAUUUAUCAAAUAUAACAAUAUUUAUAUUGUUAAUUAUUUUUAAAUUAAAUCUGUCAUCGGGAGAAUUAGAAUUGAUUACAAUUGAGAAAGACAAUCUGGAUAAAUUAGAAGAAAAUGGAGAGAAAGCGAAUUUUGCAAGAUUUAUCAGCUUACAUGCAGUAUAUACGCAUCCAUAUUUAUUGAAAGCGAAUAUAAUAGACUCCAUUUGUUUUGAUCCAAUUAAUCUCAGUGACGGAUACGUUGCAACUGGCGCGAGAUUUAAAAAACGUGGUAGAGUACUUUACCUCGAACUUCAAGAAGCUCCGCUUGAAGGACCUAGAGGAAUUGACCCUCGAUCUCUCCAUUGGACAUAUUCAGAUAAUUGUAAUUCACGUAAAAAAAUUGUUUAUGAUCCCCAAAAUGAAACUCACAAUAACACAGAAUUGAAAUUAGGCGACAUACAAUUACCGGAUGAUGCAGUUGUUACUGGUGUUACGUUGGGAAAAUCAUUGCGUGGACGGUAUAUUGGUAGAUGGGAUGAAUUUGAUGACAGUAAAGGUGAAGUUGUAAGAGAUCUUCAAGGAUGGAAUAAUGUUGUAUUUCGUGGAGGCCAAAUGGGUACUAAAAAUGAGCUAUUUGUUAACCCGUACAUCGAUUUACAGGAAAUCGUUACCGAUCCAGGUUUUCCUCAGCCCAUUAAUGGAAUCAGUUUUUAUUUGCGUUAUCUGCCUGAAGGCCGACAAAUGCUGGCUCUCAAAGUUACUUACGCGAUCCCAAAUUAUCUGAGAUUACCUUAUAACUAAUCCUAUAAUAAAAUCAUUUCUUUUUGGUGAAUCUUAUCUGUAAUUGUAAUUUUUUCGCUUCAUUUGAGUAAUAAUAAAGUACAAAAU